CACACAGACUCCAAAGCAAACAGACGCAGGGUCAACGUGUGAUCAAUAUUGACGAUUCAUAUAAAACCUUUGUAGUGCAUAUGAUAACUUAUUUACUUCGCGUGAUCUUUAUGAACAAGAGAUACCACGUUAAGAGAUAAGCACAACAAUGGUUGGAAAUGAAUCAUACAAACCCAACGGCGAGGCGCAUAUCGAAAACGGCAACGAUCUAAAACAUGAUAUAAACAAAAUUAACUCAAUCAAAUCAAAAGAAAGCAGCGAAAUCGUAGCUCAUUACGUUAAAGAGGAUUCACCCCCCGUAGAAAGGGUGAAGUUUGAAGGUUUAGACGAUGAUAGUAUUUAUUCACACGAGACUGAUGAAAAUAAACUGCCCCCAAUCCCUGAUGGAGGGUGGGGAUGGGUUGUUGUGUUCGCCGCUUUCCUUGUCUCAGCCUGUGCUGAUGGACUUGCCUAUUCAUUUGGUAUUUUACACGAGGAAUUCACGAACUACUUCGAAGCGUCGCAAUCGAAAACCUCAUUGAUAGGGAGCCUAUUUAUUUCUAUUCCACUAAUAUCUGGACCUAUAAUGAGUGCGUUAGUUGAUAGAUAUGGAUGCAGAACGAUGACAAUGAUAGCUGGAGUGCUAUCAACGAUCGGAUUUCUGCUAGCUGCAAUUAGUGAUUCAAUUGCAAUGUUGUGCUUUACUUUGGGAACGCUGAGCGGGCUUGCAAUGGGUAUUUUGUAUGUCACUUCUGUCGUCUCUGUUGCUUUUUGGUUCGAUAAAAGACGCACUCUCGCCGUUUCAUUAGCUUCGUGUGGUAUCGGGUUUGGUACCCUUAUAUACUCGCCCCUAACUAAUUUCUUUAUUGAGUUAUACGAUUGGAGAAAUACUCUAGUACUUUUAGCUGGAACCAUAUUGAAUAUGUGUGUCUGUGGUGCUUUAAUGAGAGAUCCAGACUGGUUAAUCAUAAAAGAGGAAAGGGAGAGGAAACUAGCUAAGACUAGAUCAAGAAAAUCUUCAAGUGCUGGAUCGAUUUCAUCGAAAUCAUUAGGUGGCGAAUCUGCCUUCUUGAGUGCUGAUGAACUGAACGAUUUAUUGAAAAGUGGUCAGAGCCCGGAAUACAUAUUGGCAACGCUUACAACUACUUUAGCUGAAGCAGAACAAUUAGAAGCUACAACUCAAAUGAAUGCUGAACAAUCUCGCAAACGAACGCAUUCUGCUAUACAACUGCCCACUUUUAUACAAAGGCAUGAUGAGGUACCAGCGGAGGUUAUAGAAAAACUAAUGACAAAUAAACGCCUUUACAACAUAAUUUUACAAAACUACCCGCAUUUAAUAACACGGCGCCGUUCCGAAAUAAAUCUCCACGUAGAUAAUGUUGAAGCACCUGAUUUACCAGAACCGGCAACGAUGAAAGUCACUGUUAUAGCAAAAAGACCGAAACAGCCUGAAGAUGCUGCUAAAAGUAAAAAAUUAGCUGACCCAACCGAUAGCGCCGAUAAUGCGGCCAAACCUCAAGAAGAUUCUUAUACGCUUAAGCAUAAUUCUAGAUCUGAAACCAAAAUGUCAUCUUCCCACCAUGGAAAAGAUCACACCCAUUUGAAGCCAGAAGUUAAACAUGGACAUGGUCAUAAAGAUCAAUUGAGACAAGUACCGACUACAGCCAGUUGGUUGUCCAGGCAGAUCUAUACAGACCAUCACUACUUAAGAGACAUGCCCUUAUACAGAAAUACAAUUAUGCAUCGAGGUGCAAUGAUGAAUAUUCCCAGGUAUAAGCUUAGAGCGUCUUCAUUGCCGGAUAUCUAUAAAAAUUCAUCGUGGUCCAUAUAUUCUUAUUAUUCGGAUGAUGAACGGAAAUGGCACGACAAAGUGAUGGACACUAUCAAGUCGACGUUUGACAUGAGAAUGUUUGUGGAAUUCCAUUUCGUUAUGUUCAAUAUUGGCUCUCUUAUCCUUUUCGUUUGGGCGAUCAUACCUUACUUCUUCCUGAAGUCCUAUAUGACAACGGUGGAUAUGGAUGGCGGUGCUCUCAUGAUCAGCAUUAUUGGAAUUGCCAGCGGUGUUGGAAUCGUCGGCCUUGGCUGGGCUGGAGACCAACCCUGGAUCAACGUGACAAAGACGUACGCCAUCUGCCUCAUCGUCUGCGGCACCUCAGUAGCUGCUUAUCCUCUCUUCAUCACAAAUUACUGGGGCCUCGUCGUCAUAUCUACAAUCUUCGGCCUCUCCUAUGCCAGCUCGUAUUCCUACACUCCAGCUAUCUUAAUGGAACUUAUGCCAAUAGACUAUUUCACUAUUGCAUAUGGUUUUAUUUUGUUGAGUCAGGGAGUCGGACAUUUGAUUGGCCCACCGCUUGGAGGGCUCCUCUAUGAUCUAACUGGAAGUUGGGAGCUCACGUUCUAUGCGGGUGGAGUUUGGCUUGUCAUAUCCGGAAUCAGUAUUGGCAUCAUCCCCUACACUAAGAACAGGCGCAUCUGGGGCACGGGUGCUCUGCUGAAGGACAUGGAUGAAGCAGAGAGCAAACACUCAGUGAAGGUGUAAAUAAAUGUGUUUGAUGUGA